GAUGCUCGAAUGGGACCCAACGACGGCUACGCCAGCCACCUCGACUGGGUGGGCGGAAUGGCGACGGUGACUACGUCGAAGGAGGCUCUAGCCUCGCCGGCCGGAGACGAAAGUGUGGCUCAACCGACGCCGAUACCGGCUGGAGAGGUGAGUAAGCUUGUUGUCUCCCAGCCUAAGCGUACAUCUGCGUGGCUCACUUAA